CAUGGAAUCGAACAUUGACAUUAAAGAGACGCCGAAAGGCUUCAACUGCGUCCUGUGCAACGUCAACUUACCGAACUCGUCCAGUCUGGAGCAGCAUGUGAAAGGGAGGAAGCACCUGACGCUGCGCUCGGUGCGGGACACCAGGAAGAGCCAGGAGGAGCACAGCGUGUUCGUCAGCGGCAUCAAACCUCACAUCUCACAGACAGACAUCACCAAGCACUUCCAGCAGUUCGGACCGGUGGCGGACGUCAUCAUGGAUAAAGACAAGGGGGUGUUCGCCAUCGUGCAGUUCAGCGAGACGGAGAGCCUGCAGGCGACCCUCUCCUGCCUCGAGCACCAGAUGAAGGGCAUGAAGCUGCGCGUCAAACCCCGCGAGAAGAAGGAGUUCAAGUUUGUUCCCAAGAAGAGGAGCGACGCGGAGAGAAUGCUAGAAGUUCUGAACCGUCUCAAGCCUCAGCUGUGUCAGCUGCUGUCUGUGGAUGCACAGAUGCAGUGCGUCGUCGAGCGGUUUCAACUGGGAGAGAAUGAAAGAAAGACCAGAAGCUUACUGGUUGAACUCCUGCAAGAAGUUUUCGUAGAGUUUUUUCCAGACAGCCAGAUUCUGCCAUUUGGUUCAUCCGUCAACACUUUUGGAAUCCACUCCUGUGACCUGGACCUCUUCCUGGACCUGGAAAACACUAAAGUGUUCCAGGCUCGUGCCAAAUCCACCACAGAACAGGCAGGGGAGGGCACGUCCGAUGACGGCCGCUCUGAGGACUCCAUCCUGUCCGAUAUUGACUUGACCUCAGCGUCGCCGGCAGAGGUCCUGGACCUCGUGGCGGCGAUCCUGACGCGCUGCGUCCCCAGCGUGCACAAAGUCAAUGUGGUCAGCAGCGCUCGUCUCCCUGUGGCCAAGUUCCAUCACCGCGAGCUCAACCUCCAGGGUGACAUCACCAUCAACAACAGACUGGCUGUAAGGAACACUCGAUUCCUGCAGCUGUGUUCAGGGAUGGACGACAGGCUGAGACCUCUGGUCUACACCAUCCGCUACUGGGCCCAGCAGAGACAGCUGGCCGGUAACCCCAGUGGUUCUGGUCCACUUCUCAACAACUACGCUCUGACACUGUUGAUCAUCUUCUUCCUGCAAAACUCUGAGCCUCCUGUCCUCCCCACAGUGGAGCAACUUAAAGACAUGGCCUGUGAAGAGGAGGAAUGUGUGAUCGAGGGCUGGAACUGCACCUUCCCCAGUCAGCCCAUUUCUGUGCCGCCCAGCAAGAAUACACAGGACCUCUGCACCCUGCUGUCCGGCUUCUUCUCCUUCUACGCCAAGUUUGAUUUUGCCAGUAGUGUCAUAUCUGUCAGGGAGGGCCGUGCACUCCCAAUCACUGAUUUCCUCGGCCAGAAAAAAGAAAAGGAGGCCAUGCAAGAGGAACAACCCACCAGGACCCCUCACCACAGUCCCAAGCUGGCCCCCCUAAAUCUCCUGGACCCCUUUGAGCUUUCCCACAACGUAGCUGGAAACCUGAAUGAGCGCUCGCAGCGCUGCUUCCAGACCGAGUGCCAGGAGGCCGAGAAGUACUGCCGCAGCCUGCAGUACAAGCGCAAAUCCACCAAGGGGAAGAUGUGGGGGCUUGUGCGUUUAUUCACCCCCCACGGCGAAGUCCCACAUAACAAAGCGGACGCCUUGACCAUCAGCAUUCCCUUCAAAUCGGCGCGGCUCCCUGAAGGGCUGCGUAGUCAGCUGCACAUGGCGGGAGAUGACUUCCGGCCGCUGUGGUUUCAGAAGGUGUGCUCUGCUGUGGAGGGAGUUCUCACCAGUGUUCUCAGGUGUCACCUUGCUCCCUCCACAGGCCGCGAGGAAAUGGAUGCUUCCUCAGCGUCCCUCAACACCUCGAUGAACAGCAGCUUCGGCAGCGUCGAAUCCCAAAGCGACACCAGCCCUACAGUGAAGGCCGGUGCCAAGAGGCUGCUGUCAUCAGGCAGCGACGUCUCUGUGUCACCUCACGGCAAAAAGCCACGGCUGGCUAAAAGAGGCAAGCCGGAUAUCCCUCCGUGGAUCUGCACGCAGAAGCACAUGGUGUGGGCUGGCAGGAGGAAGGUGAGAAGGGAACUGAUCAAAGAUACAGACACGAGGCCAGAGGGCAGCUGCAUGGAGAUGGAGACCCAGGUCACAGCUCACAUCAUUGACAAAGAGCCGGAGCUCAAGGAGCCCCUGGAGUUCAAGGUCCAGCCGCAGAUGGUGGGCGGGACGGAGAGCACGAAAGCGGUUCUCAAGCUGGAGCCGACCAGUGACAUGACGGGAGUUUUUAACGACUUCUUUCAUUUCCUGGAAGUGUUUUUACCCAAGAUGGUGGAGACAUUGCUGGAGAAGGAAAUAGGAGGAGUUUAAAAUGGAGCCUAUUUCAGAUUCGAUCUUUGUUUUUUUUGUUUUCAAAGAUGACAUCAUUGCCACUACCUUUUGAGAGCGGGACAUGAAAAAGCAUUUAUAUGCCGUUACCAGCCAUCUGUUAUACUGUAACACUGUGUAAAGGCUUUGUCAGAAAGUUUUUUGUACACUAUGAUACUAUUAUACUAUUAGUUUGUUUCUAUGUAAGAUUUCUUCUUUUAUGUUUGAGACGUGGCUAUGUUUUAGUGAACCUCUGUUUAUUUAAAAGAUGAAGCUCUGAAGGGAAACUGCGGUGGCAGAUAUUUGUUGUACA